CUUGGAGGCAGAAGGAUCUCUUCGCUUCUCGUUUUUUUUCCUUGUGCUCCGCUCGUUCAAAUUCACUCCAGCGGCUUUCUACACGGAACACACUCCACGUUGCAUUCUCUCGCUGCUUCUGUCCGCUGCUGCUGCUGCAUUUUCCACCUUCUCACCCCUCAGCCUCCAUACAGAAUUAAAUGUAGUCGCUUGUAUAUCAGAGCGAGUCGAGUUAUAAAUAGGUGUACACUUCGGCAUGCAUUGCUCCUGCCCUCUCUCCCGUCCCUUUCUUUGAAAUGAACUUCCCUUCUCGCCGUUAGUACGAUUUCAAACUGCGAAAAACCACUCCGUUCAUGAAAAUCACAAGAACAGUCACUGAUUGUCUCUAUGAAACCUGAUCAAUUCACCUAGCCAACACGAUCCGGCGGUUUGGGAACAUUUCCCUUAUCAUUGGGCUUCGCGCCUCUCUCUUCCAAGUUUUCUCAUCAAUCUCUUCAAAACACGUCGGUACUUUGUCAGUAACUCUCCUUCCUUAUCCUCGCCUUCCUACUGCUUCCUCCUCUUCCUUUCUCUUCCGGCUGGUUUCCUUCGCCGGUCUCUUUCGUUUUCUAGACUGCCUUUCCUUCUCUCUUGUCUCGGAUUGGGUGGGUCCCCUUCUUUCUCCGUCCGGCAUUUUCUGCGUUUCCUCGUUUCCCCGAUCCUUCUCGCCAGCAUGGAGGACUCGUCCUUGCCCUGGCUGUCUCACACGGGCGCCGACGAUCCCCAUCCUUCGCUGCCCUCACGUUCGGUUUCCUCUCCUCUUUCUUCGGCUUCUCUCGCUUCUCCUUCGUCUCCUUCUUCUACAUCUUUCUCUUCGCUCUUCUCUCCGUGUCUCGCUUCUUCCCUGUCACCUCCUUCGCCCUCUCAGUCGACUGCUUCUUCGUCGGACUCCUCUCUCUCACCUCUUUCUCCUCCACUGCCUCUCUUUCAUCUCUCACCUCCUCGCGCUUCUUCUCGGCCCUCCCAUGGCGACCGUCUCUGUCUGGAGUCUCUCCACCAUGCCUGUCCGUCUUCUCGUCGCAGGCUCCUUUCCAGCAAGCGCAACUCUUUUCUCCGUCUUCCACCACUCAAACUUUGUGUCGCUCUUGUCUUGGGGCUGUCUCUUCAUCUCCGCGGUGUGCUCGGGACUGUAGAACUCCCCGCCCAGCAGGUCUUGUCCUCUCCGAGUGAACAGGAAGCCAAUGUCUGUCGAUGUCUCUGCGACCGCGCAUCGGGGCUGGCCCUGCAGGUUCUCGUCCCAGCCGACAAGGGAUGUUCAGACUGCACGACGCAACUCUGCGUAGAUUCCUUCUUCUCCGUUUGUGGUCCUCUGGACGGCAAGCGCGACUCGAGCCCCCCCGCGGAUGUUUCGGCUCACUGCACCAAUAGGCGGGCGCCUUGGAGUCAGUGGGUCAUUUUAUCCUUCCUCAUCGUCACCGGGUCGCUCCUUUGUUUCGCGAGUCUACGAGCGGUCGCGCCCUCUAUUCUGGAUACUAAUCGAAGACUUUUUGAUUUGUAUCCGCUUCCUGGCUUCGUCGCCGGUCACGCUUCCCCUCGUCCGUCCUACAGUGCCACCGUCUCCUGUCCUCGGGAUGGCUCCAGGGCAAGGUAGCGCGUCCCCGGUCUCUUCGGCGCUCCGACAGAACGCACUCUGAUGUCUCUCGAAUAACUCGUCCAGUGGUUUCAGGUCUUGUCUUGCCGAUAACCGUAUCUUUUUCCCCUUAAGCAGGUGCCUUUUAGGGUAUACCGUUGUCGGUUCGAAGUAUCGCGCGAGUUCCUCUGUGGUUCGCCAGUGUCUCAGUUUUCGCUACCUAGCCGCUUGCAACAAUUUAAAGUUGCAACAAAGAAAGGACCGAGAGUUUGUUCCGCAAACAUCAGUUCUCCUGAAGGAUUUGAUUACUUGGGCUGGGGGAUAUGGGUUCUAAGGAGGAACUCGACAGGCUCAUUCACUUGGUCUGUCUUCUACGGGGAAUGUGCAGAUGAAUGUUGGUUCAGGCACAGAAACACAGGUGCAUGCGAGAGAUGAACUUUUUGGACGGUGAGGAUUGCCUCGGAUCUUGAAGGGGAAAGCAGGUAAAACGAGUUGCUCUGGGACCUGCGUUUGGCCACUGAGAUCCGGACGUUCAGAUCCACACUUUUUCGUCUCCACCUUCAAACUCUUCGGAGGCAGAGACGCGGACUCCAGUUGGAAAGAAGAUCUGCAAUUGCUUUGCUGGGUG